AUGAGGACGCCGCUCUCACACUUUCUCUCGGCCCUGCUGCUAUUGCAGACAUGCGCAGCUGGGCCUGGUCAGCCGCUUACUGACCAAACAGCGUCCGCGGCAACGGGCCGCGAUGCAGACCACGAAUUCACGUUCCUGGCAGGGGAAGCAGAACCCCGACCUAUGACUCAACGAGUCGAGAAUGCCUGGAAUACCCUUCGCACAAUAAAGAAUCCAGUCCUUCAAUCCGACAAGUCGAGAGGAUUACUAGGGACGGUCACAUACUAUGGCCGUCAAACGGUCCGACUGCUAUUCUUGAACCGCCCUUCGACCGAAAAACCCGAGCAGAAAAUAAACAAACAUCUGACGGGAGCAGUGGAGGAGCUGAGAACAGCUGCAGACGAAGACCGAGACCCGGAUGCUAUGUUCUUGUUAGCAGAGAUGAACUUCUAUGGCAACUUCUCCCAUCCCCGCGAUUUCAAAGAGGCCUUCCGCUGGUACCACGAACUAGCAUGGUUGGACGGAAACAACACAGCGCAGAACAUGGUCGGGUUCAUGUAUGCGACGGGCAUCGGCGGUGCGGUCGAACCCGACCAGGCAAAGGCCCUGAUGUACCACGAGUUUGCAGCGGAAACAGGGAACAUCCGCUCGGAGAUGACACUUGCGUAUCGCUACCACACUGGUAUCGGAACGCCGAAGGAUUGUGACCAUGCGAUCCAUUACUACAAGAAGGUUGCGGACAAGGCGGUCGAGUACUACCGCUCAGGCCCUCCGGGUGGUAGGUCUAUGGUUCGAGAAUCUUAUCGUUGGGCAGACGAAGAAGGUGGUGUCUACGGUCCAGGAGCCAGUGUGUCGAGCUCGGGUCAAAAUGCGCGGGACGCUGCCAAUGCCUCUCCUGAGGCCAGCGUGGAAGAUAUACUAGAAUACUUGGAUCUCAUGUCCCGGAAGGGUGAACUGAAGGCUACAUACACCCUCGGUAAGAUGAACUUCGAGGGCGCCCGGGGCUUGCCGCGGAAUUUCCGACUGGCUAUGAAGCAUUUCAAGGUUGUUACCAAGAAAUAUUGGAACAAGGAUGGGUCCGUCAACUCAAACCCCCCUGCAGGGCUUGAUAAACUGGCAUCCAAGGCCGCAGGACAUAUUGGCCUGAUGUACCUUCGCGGAGAGGGUGUUAAGCAACACUUCCCGACUGCCCUCACAUGGUUCCGGAGGGGUAUUACGAACGGGGACCCGAUGUGCCAGCAUUGGAUGGGUCUGAUGUAUCUCAAGGGCUAUGGUGUUCCGCAGGAUGCCUUCAAGGCAUCUCACUACUUCAAAGCAGCGGCAGAGCAGGAUUCCCCUGCGUCAGAAUCACGAUUAGGCGCUCUGUUCUUGGACCAAGGAGAUGUGGCAACCGCAACACGUUACUUCGAGCUUGCCGCCCGCUGGGGCUGGAUGGAGGCGUACUAUUAUCUAGCUGAGAUGGCCAACUUCGGUAUUGGCAGACAGCGUCACUGUGGUGUGGCCGCUGCCUACUAUAAAAUGGUUGCCGAAAAAGCAGAGAUCGUCCACUCAGCUUUCGUGGAGGCAAACGCUGCUUACGAAACCGGUGAUAAGGAGGGCGCUCUCAUUCCGUCAAUGAUGGCAGCCGAGCAAGGCUAUGAGAAUGCACAGGCAAAUGUGGCUUAUCUGCUUGAUGAGCAUCGCUCCGUACUCUCACUAAAUUCCAUCCUUCCAUGGGCUGAGAAGGCUCGAUCCUCCUUGAUGCGCAAUGCGCGACUGGCCUUGAUUUAUUGGACCCGCUCUUCGAAGCAAGCCAACAUCGACUCUUUGGUCAAGAUGGGUGACUACUACCUGUCUGGUACUGGUACACCUAUCGAUGCCGACAAGGCCUCGACCUGUUACCACAAUGCUGCUGAAGCCCACCACAGUGCCCAGGGCUACUGGAAUUUGGGAUGGAUGCAUGAGAAUGGCGUGGCAGUAGAUCAGGAUUUCCACAUGGCCAAGCGAUAUUAUGAUUUGGCUCUUGACCUCAGCCCCGAAGCGUAUCUGCCAGUGAAGCUCAGCUUGAUCAAACUCCGGGCUCGAGGAUACUGGAAUCGCAUCACUAACGGAGACAUUAACCCCAUCCAUGAGGAGGAAGACUCGAAGCCCCGUCGUACCUUCAAGGAAUGGGUCAAGGCUUUCAUCGAGAACGACGAGGAUGGCUAUUACGAAGACCUUUAUGAACUACAACGGGGUGAUGAUGAUGAAUAUCGUGGCUUGGAAUCCGAAGGCCACGAAGAUGGCUACUAUGAUGACCUGGACCUUGAUAUCGACGAGGGAAUGCUCGAGGGUCUCCUCAUUGUCGGACUGGCUGCUGCGCUGUUGGUUUUGGUAUACUACCGUCAGCAGCAGCAGCGCAACCGACAGAACCAGAACGCCAAUGCCAACGCUAACGCCAAUGCCCCGAAUGGAGAUGGGAAUGCCAACGACCGUGGAUUAUUCCCUCAGCCUGGUGAACCUGACUUUGGGCAAUGGGUAGCAGGAGGAGUUGGUCAUUGA